AGGGUUUAGCUUUAAUCUUUUCGCACUCGCCUUGAGACCCUCGUUGUAUUUAGUCUUCGAUUUAUCAGUUGCAUUAAAAAUUCUAUAUCAUGCCGGUCAGAGCAUCGAUUCCCAAAGAAUUAGGAACAAAAAUCAAAUUUAACAACGGUAAUGAGGCACCUGCUCUUGGUUUCGGAACGUGCUCACCGGAGUUCGAGGAGGCAACUGACGCCGUGAAGUACGCCAUCGAAAUCGGCUAUCGUCACAUCGAUUGUGCCCCAGUGUACGGUAACGAGAAGCAAGUCGGUGAUGCGAUAAAAUCCAAAAUCGAAGAUGGAACUGUGAAGCGAGAGGACCUCUUCAUCGUCAGCAAACUCUGGUCGAAUUCUCACAAAUUCAACAGCGUGGAAAAAGCUCUCAAGAGUAGCUUGAGUGCCCUCGGGUUGGAUUACUUAGACCUCUACCUAGUCCACUGGCCAUUUGCUUUCGAGGACGGCGAUGACUUCGUCCCCAAGAAUCCUGACGGCAAUUACAAAGUAUCGGAUACUGAUUAUGUGGAGACCUGGAAGGGAAUGGAGAAUGUUCUCCAGAAGGGACUGACGAAGAACAUCGGUGUCAGUAAUUUCAAUUCAGAGCAGAUUGAGAGACUUCUGAAGAGCUGUACGAUCAAGCCUGUGACCAACCAAGUCGAAGUCCAUCCUUAUUUGGCCCAAAAGGAACUGUCAAAAUUUUGCAAUGAUCGUGGGAUUACUAUCACAGCUUACAGUCCCCUGGGUUCUCCGAAUAGACCCUGGGCUAAACCCGAGGAUCCAAAGCUGCUCGAGGAUAAAAAACUAGUGGAAAUAAGCAAGAAGUACAAUAAAACCCCCGCCCAAGUCGUAAUUCGCUACCAGCUUGAUCGAGGACACCUCCUGAUUCCCAAGUCAUUCACCAAGGCACGUAUCCUCGAAAAUUCUCAAGUAUUCGAUUUUCAAUUGAGUCCUGAAGAUAUUGCCUACAUUGAUAACACCUUCGACAGGGGCUAUCGUUUUUGCUCCAUGUCUGAGGCCGAUGGGAGUCCUAACUGGCCAUUCAGGAUUCCUUUCUAAACGAUAAUUUUUGGAUAUUUCAUAUAUUUUUUUAUUGUGAACAUAUUGAUUAUAUAGUAAUAAACGAAUCAGUGGCAUCCCUCCAAA